GUGUUUUUUCAAAUAAUCAACAAGAUUUUGAUAUAUUAGAAGAAAUAGAUUUUACAACAACUGAAACACCUUUUGAUGACAAUAUUAAUUUUGAUGAUAUUAAUUUUGAUGAAUUAUUAGAAAAUGAAUUAGAUAAUAAUAGUUCAAAAAAUUAUAAUUUUAUAGUAGAAAAAGUCAAAACAGCAUUAUACAAAGCAUUACAAUAUUAUUGGAAAUUUUCAACUCACAAUGAAUUAUUAUGUAGUUUAUUGGAUCCUCGACAUAAAAAACUUGAAUUUAUUUCUAAAUCUGAACAAAGAUUAACUAAAGAUAUUUUGAUACAAUUAUAUAAUGAAGAACAAAAUCAUGUAAAUUAUGAUUCAAAUGAUUCUACAAAUAAUGAUUAUCAAUCUGCUUUAGAUAAUGAACUUGCAAUUAACUCUUUAUUAAAACAACUUAAAGCAAAAAAAAAAUAUAGUGAAAAUGAAAUUCAACAAUAUUUAGCUUUAUUAGAAACUGGAAUUGAAACAGAUGCUU